AUGGCCUCUCGUGAAGGGAUUAAUCCCUUGCGGCCUUAUUACAUCCCCCAGUCGGGUCUUUCGCCAGCUACAAAUGCGACGCAAGAGGCACCAGCACCGUCACCUUCGUCAGCUCAGGUGUUUGGGAGCUCCGCGCGCGACCUUAUGCCAGAUAUCGACUAUUCAGACUAUCUUGACUCUUCACCCUCGGUCGCUGAUUGGUGUCGAGAUGCUAUCAACAAUUCACUUAUUCGAUACUCCCAGGUCUUAAUCGCGCAACCUUUCGAGGUUGCGAAGAUUAUCCUGCAAGUCUAUGUCGCAUCUGAUAACGUCGAGGAGGAACGGAGGUCAACUCCGGAUGUCGGGUGCAGCUCAUACGAUUCGGACUCGGAAUCAUCUGACGAUGAAAGCACUUAUUUCACUUCCGCAGCUCCCACCACACCAAGCCCGAGCACACCACGAUCCCGAAAGGGCCGGCAGCGCAUCACUGACCGCAGUGGUUACAUUCGCGCAGAUGCUGCACCGGCACCAUCCAAGCAUGCCUUGGCUAUCAAGAAUCCGAGCUCUUUAAUGGAUGUGCUCUCUCAGCUCUGGUCUACCAAUGGACCCAGCUCACCUUGGAAAACAUCCAACGCCACAUUCAUCCAUUCAUUGCUUCUCCCCACUUUGAAUACAUUCAUUCGCAGUCUGCUCUCCGCCAUCAUCGGCCUUCCGGAGGAAGACAUUUCCUCAUCUAUGACCGCGGACAUUUUGACAGCGUCAUCACCUCUCGCCACGCUAGUCCUGUCCUUUGUUUCCUCGUCGCUGGCCGCAAUUAUCCUUUCCCCCAUCGACACAGCCCGUACCUUCUUAAUGCUCACCCCAGCGACACACGGCCCUCGCUCGCUCAUCCGAGCCAUUCGCCAACUCCCAACUCCCAACUCUACAAUUCCGUCUCACCUCGUCCCAAUCACCAUUCUUCACUCCAGUCUUCCAAACUUCAUCACAACCGCGACUCCACUCGUCCUCAAGUCGUACCUUUCCAUUGACCCCCUCAUUAACCCGUCCAUGUGGAAUCUAGCCACCUUCCUCGGCUCCGGCCUCGAGCUAGCAGUGCGCUUCCCGCUUGAAACCGUUCUCCGCCGUGCACAAAUCGCCACUUACACUUCUCUAAGCCUUCGUCAAAAGUCCUCCGGUGGCAGUAUCCACGCCGCAUCUAUCGAUGCUUCUGACGUUGAAACUAUUGUUCCAACUCCGCGCACUUACCGUGGAAUUAUCGGCACCAUGUGGCAUGUCGUUCACGAGGAGGGUGUUAGUUCUUCUCCCUCUGACGCUGAGCGUGCCCGUCACGUCCUUGGAAAGCCUACAUCUGAACGCGAGCAGCAGAAACGCCAACAGGGACAGGGUAUCCAGGGUCUCUACCGUGGCUGGCGGAUGGGUAUGUGGGGUAUCGCUGGCAUUUGGGGAGCCAACCUCCUUGGUGGGAUUGCUGGUGGUGCCGAGGACGAGGUCACCAUGCGAGGCGGCCACGGCCGUACUAGCGGUGGACGAUUUUAA